UGAAGUUGGGCGGAUGGGUGAAAAACACCACCGAUGGACAUUUCACGGCAGCAUGCAAAUAUAGUGUGUGAUACCGAAAAUAUGAGCGUCAGACACGUUUAAUGCCACCACUAUAGAAGACUGACACCCAGAAUAAAAGGAUGCCCCCUGUGCAAGGCCUCAGCCCUUAACGGUACACCCGGUCCCAGUCCCAGUCCUGGCCGUGGUCCUGAGUCUGGCUGACAGCGUGGUGGUGGGGGAGCUCUGUGGUGUUUCAACCUCUGCCCGCCACUCUUUCUGAACCAAACCCCUGAGCCUCCACUCCAUCCACCCCCCUCAUCAUAACUGCCCCCCCCCUUCCUUUUGCUGACACCAUCUGAAGGUGAUGGUGAGAGUGAGUGAACAAGAAAAUAGAGUGGACUCUUCCUCUUUACACUGUGCCCCAGCUCCACCUCUCACCUCAACGCCAUGAUUUUCCAGUCUGAUAUCACCAAGGACACACGCUAAUUUGCAUGGCCUACAGUGUUACCCGGCCCCCCCGCACACCCCCCAGCCUCGCUUGUCCGACAGUCAUUGGUCUGCCUGUGUAACAUCCCCCUCAGAGCUGCUCUUUGUGAAUGAUGCCGCGCAGUGUAAGUGGAAGUGAGAUGAGAAAACGGCAGCAGCCACACAUCGAAGGACCCCCCCAGGCUCCCGGCCCCCCCAGGCCCAACACCUGCUGCCUGUGCUGGUGCGGUUGCUGCAAAUGCCUUUGGAAUGCAGACAGAGUGGAACGCCCUGAACGGCCGACCUGCACAAAAAUGGACAGCAUAGAAACCACCGAGGAACAACACCCCACACUGGACGAGGUGGUCUCCUGGGCACGCAGCUUCGAGCAGAUGAUGCGCUCCACGGAAGGCCGGGACAUUUUCCGGGAAUUCCUGCGCUCCGAGUACAGUGAGGAGAACCUGCUGUUCUGGCUCGCCUGCGAGGAGCUCAAGAAGGAGACCAACCCCACAGCCAUCGAGGAGAAAGCCAGGAUCAUCUACGAGGACUACGUCUCCAUUCUUUCACCAAAAGAGGUCAGUCUGGACUCUCGCGUGAGAGAGGGCAUCAACGUGAGCCUGUCCGAGCCCAGCCAGCUGAUGUACGAGGAGGCCCAGCUGCAAAUCUACACGCUGAUGCACCGCGACUCCUACCCCCGCUUCCUCAACUCCUCCGUUUACCGGGACCUUCUCGAGAGCAAGAGAGGCUCCUGUCUGGACACCUAAAAAGGACCUCCGUCCCUCGCCACACCGGGCGCAGCCCGUCACCGUAACUUUUUAUGAAUACGACACAAACAGAAACAAAAAUGAACCCAACGCAAACACAAGGUGCCACAAUGGGG